AUGGAAGAUUAUGCGAAAUAUCAGUGUGCUGCAAACAACAGCGUCGGAAGAAGCAAAUCAGGGAUGGCUGUAUUAUAAAAAGGUUAGAUAUUUCUGGAAUAAAAGGGAAAAAUAUAGAUCUUGAACACGGUAACUACAAAGAAUUCACUUUUGGAUCAAAAUCGCGAAGGUUUGGAUUUAAAAUGAGUCUACAUCCUUUACACUUCUUCCUUAUUCUUCUACUUUUUUUCUUGUCUUUUCAUCCUUUGUCAAUUGAUAAUUCUAAAUUAUUGCACUAAUCAUUGUCAUCAUAAUUAUGAUGAAAAAAACUACAAUUUCCUCGAUUGUGAUGAGAUUAAAAAACUCCUAGUUUCUACUAAUUUCGGACAAUUUUUUAUCGAACAGUUCAAUAGGCCAAUCAUAUUCAGAAUUAAAUUUUAAAUCAACCAAUCAAAUUCAAAGUUGUAGUUUAAAUCAACCAAUCACAACCUUGGUUUCCUUUGUCAGCCUUUAAAUGCAAAUUUCCCUCUCCUUCAUAACUUUGCUAUUCUUCUUUUCUCGGAAAUUGUAAUUUUUAUGAUUAAUUGGUAAUAAGACUCAGCCCUAUUACCAUUACUUAUGAUUGUUAUUAGCGUUGUUGUUAUCAUUAUUAGAACUGUUGUUUUCCCUGCUUGAAAUCUAAGACUACAGGCUCCAGAAAAAUGUAAAUAUUUUUUAUGAUUUAUCCACAGCAACUCCUACUCCCACACACCACAAGAACGGAAAGCCAGAAAAUUCAGCAUCUCAGACUAAUAUAAUUGCUGUAUCGUACACUAUGGUAGCUGCAGUUAUGUGUGUAGUCUCUAGAUUUGUGUGGAAUCGGCGUAAAAAAUCGUGUCAAAGAGGUAAAUGA